AUGCGUCAAGAACAAGUUGGAUUUCGGAAAGGAAUGUCUUGCAGAGAUCACAUCUUCACCUUGACACAGAUCCUGGAACAGAGCAAGGAGUGGAACUCAACAGUAUAUGUCAACUUCAUCGACUUUGAAAAAGCCUUUGACAGUAUUCACAGGGAAUCGCUCUGGCGGAUAGUCAGACACUAUGGCAUACCCUCCAAACUUGUUAACAUCAUCCGGCUAUCAUAUACAGAUUUCUGUUCUCAAGUUAUAAAUGGCAACCUUCUUAGUGACCCUUUCAGUAUAAACACUGGGGUAAAACAAGGGUGUAUUCUUUCACCAUUCUUGUUCAUAAUUGGGAUAGACUGA